GUGACCUCUGACCGGAGGCUGAACUGUCAUGGCGGCCGCACUGAGGCUCCUAAACAGCAGCGCUUUAAGCUCAGCAAUGGGGCGACCGUACCUGGCAUUCAGCUCGGCGGUCACAGGAAAAACGGCUGGAGUAAAGAGAGGUCAUGCUCUUCCAGAGAAGGUUAAAAUAGUGGAGGUGGGACCCAGAGAUGGCCUUCAAAACGAGAAGACACUUGUGCCGACGGAAGCAAAAAUACAUUUAAUCAACAUGUUGUCAGAAUCCGGGCUGCCAGUCAUCGAGGCCACCAGCUUUGUAUCCCCUAAAUGGGUGCCACAGAUGGCAGACCAGUUGGAAGUGAUGAAGGGUAUCAAGAAAAAACAGGGAGUGUCGUAUCCGGUCCUCACUCCCAAUCUCAAGGGUUUCCAGGCUGCUAUAAAGGCUGGAGCGUCAGAGGUGGCCAUAUUUGGUGCUGCGUCUGAGCUGUUCAGCAAAAGGAACAUAAACUGCUCGGUGGACGAGAGUUUACAACGGUUUGAUGAAGUCAUGAAGGCUGCCAAAGAGGCCUCCGUACCAGUUAGAGGUUAUGUCUCAUGUGUCGUUGGAUGCCCAUAUGAAGGCAAGGUGGCUCCGGAGAAAGUUGCACAUGUCGCCAAGCGUUUGUACUCUAUGGGCUGCUAUGAGAUCUCUCUGGGUGACACUAUUGGAGUGGGGACUCCUGGUAGCAUGACUGAAAUGCUAGAAGCAGUCAGCAGAGAGGUUCCAGUCAGCGCCUUGGCAGUACACUGCCACGACACCUAUGGCCAGGCGCUGGCUAACAUCCUGGUAGCCCUACAGAUGGGAAUCAGCGUGGUAGACUCAUCCGUAGCUGGACUUGGGGGCUGUCCCUACGCCCAGGGGGCUUCUGGGAAUGUUGCCACAGAAGACGUCGUCUAUAUGCUGCAUGGACUUGGGAUUCAAACAGGAGUGGACAUCACAAAGCUGAUGGAUGCUGGAGCUUUCAUCUGUCGAACCAUCAACAGAAAGACCAACUCCAAAGUGGCACAGGCCACCUGCAAACUAUAG